UCCCGCCGGAAGAGGAGGCGGCGCGAGGGAAAAUGGCGGCGCUGCGGCGGCUGUUGUUUCUAACGCCCCCCCAGACAAGCCUGGUUGCUGUCAGAUGUGCAUCUAAAAAGAGUGGGGGCAGCUCCAAAAAUUUAGGUGGCCGCAGCCCUGGGAAGCGCUAUGGAUUCAAAAAAGUAGAAGGGGCCUUUGUGCACGCAGGGAACAUCCUGGCGACCCAGCGGUUGAUUCGCUGGCAUCCCGGGGCUCAUGUGGGGAUGGGCCGUAACAAGACACUCUAUGCCCUGGAGGAUGGGAUUGUGAGAUACACCAAAGAGGUCUACAUACCCCCACCCCGCAGCAGCGAGAGCAGGGAAGUGAUCUGUCGUCUACCCAGAGGAGCAGUUCUUUAUAAAACCUUUAUCAGUGUUGUCCCUACCACAGAAGUAGGAAGCUUUAAACUGGUCACCAUGCUCUGAGCUUCCUGCCUCACAUGGGGACAGAUGGGAAGAAGCAGCUGGAACAGACAGACCACUCCAGCUGGACUGGCAUCGAAGAUCAGGAAUAUACUAGCUCUGAAGAUACCAGUGCAGGACUCUGUUGUCUUGCUAAAGGACUUGUGGUCAGUGCUCAGGCACUGGGAUCACCUGCUGGUGUUUGUGAGACUGUGUAAUAAAUGCUGUGGGGUGCUGAA